GGGGGGGAAACCGCCGGAGCGAGCGCGGAAGUGAUUGUCAGCGCGGGCCGGGCUGUGAGGAAGCGGGGGUGGAUGGUUCCCACCGCCCUGAGGAGAUUGUGCUGUCAGAGGUGACGUCUCCAGCAAAGGGCAGUUCGGAGUAUCACACCUAGUAGGAGUGGGAAAUUGUUGAAGACUUCUGCGGUGGACUUGCACAGAACCAACAAACAAAUUUUCCUGAUCUAGGUGUUUUCCAGAUAAUGGCGAAGAUGGUGAGAAGAACGUGUGCAUUUUGUUCAGAAGGGGAGGCUGGUUCUGUAAUGUAUAUUGCCAAAGAGCGAAAUAUUGCAGCUCAUCAGGAUUGUCUGUUGUUUUCCUCAGGAUUUGUGGAAUCUGAAGAGUAUAACCCAGAUAAUCUGGAUAUAAGGUUUGAUGUGGCAUCAGUGUUGAAAGAACUCAAGAGAGGAAAGCGACUGAUGUGCAACUUCUGUCGCAAGAAAGGAGCCACUGUGGGAUGUGAGGAAAGAGCCUGCCGCAGAAGUUAUCACUACUUCUGUGCGCUCUGUGAUGAUGCAGCAAUAGAAACGGAUGAAGUAAAUGGAGUCUACCGAGUGUUCUGCCCAAAACAUGACCCAGGCAAUAGGACCAAUCACUAUGAUGCAGCUAGUAAGAGGAGAAGACAUGCAUUGAAAUCUUCCACCAUCACGGAACAAAUGAGCACAGAAGAGACAGCAGAAGAAAACAGUUUACGAAUACUAAAAAGAAAAAACAACAGGCAUAAAGUCCGAAUAGACUUUCUUAGAAAAUGCAAGCAAGCCGGGCUUCUGGAUGACAUAUUUGAAGAAAUGCUGGACACACUUCACCUGGCGCAGGAAAAACUGAUGGAUGACAACACUUCAGAGACAGAGUAUGAAGAGACAGUGAUGUCACUCUUUGACUGUGGACUGUUUGAAAAUAUACUGACAAAUAUUCAUUCAGGAACAGAGGAAAAGAUCCGGGAACUUCUGGAAAGCAGAAAAAGACUGGAUAACAAGAUUGAGCUACUGCAGGACUUAAAAGAAGUCGUCCUUCCUACCCAAGAGAACGCCGCUAGUACAUCCAGUACAGUGUCUGAAUAACCCCUAAGUCUGUCUGUAAUGGUGUUGGUAUCUAGGAUUUUCUAAUGAUAGAAACCAUAGAGCACGUCUGGUCAGUGUCUAAGUAAUUCCCCCUCCCCACCCCAAGACAGGGACACAAGAACUGGGUGUUUUACUGCUUUUUAAUACCUCACUGUUGCAAUAAUUUUAAGUUGCCCCUUUCUUUCAAUUUUACCGUGGAUCAAUGAGUGGUUAUACACCAAAUUUAGCUUUUUUUAAAGCUCAAAACCUUCCACUGAAGACUUUUUUUCUCAAAAACAAGGGAGCAUGGGCUGCUGCAGGGCACUUGUUAGUCUCCGUACCUGUGGUAGCCCUCUCCCAACUGUGUGCGGUAGCUGCUGCACUUGUCUGCAUCUGGACAGUGACGUUUCCAGGAUCACAUUGCUGCUUUGGCUUUCCAAAGAUGACCAAUUAGCAGAACUUGCACUCAAAGAAGCCUUCUGAAUUAUAAACAGGGGUUUGGUUUUUUUAAUUAAAUGAUUCUUAAUUGACCACUUAAUGUAUAACUACUGCUGCUGUAAUGGCAGUGGUGAAACAGUGUUUGCAGGCAGACCAGAAAGGGUUAGGUAUCGUACUCUAAACAUGUACAAUGUAAAACAGAUCAAACAAUGGACCUUGUCUUCCUUUCUCUAUUAAGAAAGGAUACAAAUUCCAUGUGUUUUGUCUUUAAAAAUUUGUUUGAAUACACAAAAGCAUUGUUUAGCUACAAAAGGGUAAGUUAAUGAAAUAAAACAUUUUUAAGAAAGCA